AUGCUGCAGUUAGACCAGGCGAGUAUUCUAGCACUUGCUAACUCGACUUUACCUUCUAGUUUGCCUUCUGGAUCCAUUGAUUUACUUAGUACUAUUCUAGUUAAGGCCGAUAAAAAGACCGUUUUAUUUGACCAAAAUAACAAGCAAGUGACUAUUUUAGAUCGAACAGUUGGCCGGAAUGGCACGCUUACUUAUAUUCAACUCAGUCCUAACCAGUUCCUGCUUCUAUCUGAUUAUUUCAAUACUAUACCCGUUUGUGUAAGUAGCGAUACAAUUUGGAUUGGUUAUUCACCACCCCAAACGACAACUCAGACACUAACUCGUAACCAAGCAAUACUAGCCUCUCGUUCCAACGCCGAUCUUUAUUAUAGCUUAUCUGUUAUUUCAAAAGAAUUACUACCACCAACAAAUUCUACUUUAAACAACCUAACACACUCUAGCCUACCUCAAUUAGAAGACCUUUUAGUUCAGUCACUAGAAGACUUAGUUGGACAACAAUCAACUGUUUUUAUUUCCUUUAGUGGUGGCAUUGACUCUCUUCUAUGCGCUAGUUUAAUGGCCAAACAUUUUCCUAAAAAGGAUAUUUAUCUAAUCAGUACUGCCUUUUCAAAAUCAACUGAAUUUACUACUAAAGACAGGACUUCGGCCCAGCGCGGUUAUGAAGCUAUUCGAGCUGUCUACCCAACUUCACUUGUUCUAUUGCUCAAUGAUAUAUCUCGAGCUGAUGUCCUAGCUAACACCGCAGCCAUUCAAGCUAUUGCUCAAGACCGUACUAUGGACUUUAACCUAGCUGCUCUUCAUUUCUUUACCGCCCAAAAGGCAGCUGCUUACAACGGUUCGGUUCUUUUCACCGGAACAGGCGGCGAUGAACUCUUCCUGGGCUAUGCUAAGCACCGAAACACAGCCACACCCGCAGAUACAGUUCGCCAGGAGAUUGUUCAUUUAGACCAAACUAAUCUCCAUCGCGACUAUUUUGCCGCUUCCUUCCACCACAUUCAUCUAGUCUCUCCCUUUCUAACUAAUUCCAUCUUCCAAUAUGCCCUUGCCAUUGCCUCACCUGCCACUAUCGGCAAACUACCACUUCUUAACCUCCUUGGCAUUCUCUUACCAGGCUAUACACCACCGCGCAAACUUGCAGGCCAAUUCGGAUCCGGACUAGCCGAUACAGUUCGCUCACUCAAAUGCCGAGCCCCCACCCUCUGUCCCAACAACGAGUGCCUUUCCCUCGAGUGUACCCCACCAACUCACCCUACCCCAUCUAACUCAACACCAUCUAACUCAAACACCAUCUAA